AUCUUGCGAAGGUAUUAAAUUACCGGUUCUACAUUUUUGUACCGGUUGUUCCGGUGGCUUGAGGUUAAAUUGUUGCACAGAAGACGACAUCCGCACACCCGUUGGCUGCCACAGUUCAACUUAAGUUGUGUUACAGGAGAAGUCAUGAAACCACCACAAGGAGACAGACUUCGAGCCGUCAUGUACAAUGGCCCAGUUACCUGGCCGUGUGUUCUCAUCCAAGUCUUGGACGCCAUUAUCGUCCUGGGUGUCAUCCCAGCUCCUCUUCUCGCCUUUUGGGCUGGUCUGUGGGCGGCCAUGGACGUCUUAAUCUUCCCAAAAGAUAAAGAGCUCACUGCGUGGUCCUGUGUAGCCAUCGGUGUUACCCUCCUUCUCCUCCUCAACUUCUUCCAGAAGGUUUUCUAUGACGCCACGAGGAACAUCAACCCGUUCUUGUACGGUUUUCUUUGGCGCCUCCACGCGUACGUGGGAACAUUUGCGUCCGUCAGUAUGUGGCGAGGGAUGUGGGAAGGCCUCGAAUUUUACACAGGGAAGUCCGCGCUAAGCCUAGUCAUCGGCGCAAUCAUAGCUGCUGCAAUUCUUAUACCUCUCCGGGUAUUCAACGGGAUUGUGGGCUCUCCAGCAUUAGUAGGCAAAGAGGUCGUUGCAGACCCCUUCAAAAUCCACACCCGUUUCCAGACCAUUCCUUCUCGCAGCUGCAAGUUCGUCCUAGACGUAUUCCUGAACGUCUUCGUGAUCAGCGUUUUGACCGUGGUUUAUUUUCGAGCCGUGUACGAUCUGAUGGAGAAAGUCUUAUACCCGGGCGACAAAGUCCGCAACCUGUGGGCUUGCAUGAUGCUAGGAAAUGGUGUAUUGGUGCUCUGUAUAGUAGCUCAACGGUACGUGGUCAUGGCCUACCGUGCGUUGGAGGACAGAGUGUGGCUAAGGAUCGCACUAGAUGACGCCUUCAUUCUCGUCGUUUCGUUUGGAGUGGUGAAUGUGUGGAGGGGCUGGUGGGAAUUCUUCGACUUCUACCUGCUGGCCUCAGGUGAUAUACUCCUGAGGGGAUCUCUCCUGCACCUGGCAGGUGUGUCGGUGUGCUUCCUGUUGUGCAUGGCCAGGACGCUGAGUUUCCCGCUGUCGCCUGAGCGACUGGACGGAGAGCUGAACUGUAAGACAGACAACAUCAUGGGCAUGUACCUGGAGGACAAAGAGUGCUGCUGUUUUGAGCCUUUCCACGUCACAGAAGACAACACCUGUAUGAGUCAGGAGGAUGAGGACGCCAGGUUGGUAGUUACUGGGACUACUGAGGAGUCGGAGGAGGGUUCGCUCCACAACAAGGCUGGGACUGGAUACGGCAGCACGCCGGGGCACUAGUUCACCCUCCACGGCACGUUUUCCAUCAACUAUAAUAAAUAUACUUCAUGUUCUGGGAAUGGAUUGUUGAAUCAGAUAAAAGUUCUCCAGAUUAUUACAGGAUUGGGCAAUAAUCGGAUUUCUAUAAUCAUAUCAAUCAGCAAGUCGAAGUUUGAACACAAGGAGAUGACUUUGCCCUUUGGCAUAAAUGUUUUAAAAAGAUAUUUCAAAUUCAGCACUAGAUAACAGUUGUGCAACUUUUGAUAUUGCCUCAAAUUUCUAAUUCUUACUAAAAAUCAUUUUGUGAUCACUUAGUUAAGAUAUCAGUUGAUAGAACAGGGUUGUCUUCCAAGAAUUAUUCAGAUGAAUUUUCAUCACAAAGUCAUCGAGUCAGAUCAAAAAUAGACUUAUUAGUGCUUGAAUGUACAGAAAAUAAGAAUGAAUAAUCAGGCAUAUCUUUAGUGAACACUGUAAGAAUCAGAAGCAUAAAGCAGAUGGGAUGGAGAGUUUAAAGAGCAUCGUGUAAAGGGGAUCUGUUUUUAAAUUUCCUAUACUUUAUACUGAUCAUGAAUAGUUGAUCUUUUCUGGAACUGCUAGCAAGUGGCAGCUGCCAGCUGUAUUCUGUGAUCAGUCCAAUCAGUGUCUUUCAUAUCAUACUACAGUACUUACUUGUAUAUGUUAAGUUAUGCAACUGAAUAACUGAAAUAUGUAUUGAUACAUACUUUAUGAGGGACCAAUAACCAUUGGAUUUUUGGAUAUAUGCUCAAUUUUUACUCUAGUUAAUGCAUUGAGUAUACAGGUACUGGUGUUACCUUUACAAAUGGUGAAAUGGCAAUGAUUGCAGAACAAGACUUAAAACGUGGUUAUGAUUUUUCCAUUAGUCUCAGAUGAAAAUGAUUAAGUGUAAUAUAUUUCUAUAUACA